CAAUCCCCACAUCCGUGUUUCAGCCCACAAUUGAUCAUCAUCCUUCCAUAAUCAUUCCUUCCUUCCUUUCUCUCUCUUACUGCUUCGAGAAGCGGCAACAAUCUAUCCUUCACUUCGACAUACACUAACAACAAGUAGCACAACAAUAACAUCAAAUCCAAACAAAUUUCGAUGAUUUCUUUAAUGCGUAAUUAACCCACUAAAACUAAAAAGAUCCAAUCUUUAAGCUUUUUCAAUGGCUGCUACAACUUCUAAUACAUCUUCAACCCUCUCUCUUUCUUCUACCAAGUUCCCUUUUUUAAUCCAAAAGCAUAACCCUUUCCGUCAGAACUUUCUAUUUCCAGCGACUUUUGAUGGAAGACGACGAUCUUUGAAGUUAAAAUUUUCUGUAAAAGCCGCUAAUGGUUCUACCGGUUCUUCUCGUAGUCGUAGGAAAGUUUAUAAAGAGUCUCAAGAACAAAAUCAAUUACCCAUUGGACAAUUUAAGGAGAUUGCUUCCGCUGUUGUUCCUCCUGCCCUUUUUAUUGCUGUUUCUUUCGUUUUGUGGAAGGUGGUUGGUAAAAUUCUUUCGCCAAAGCCCAAAAAGGCUGCAACAGAAGAAAAUAAACCUGUUUCAUCAGAAUUGAAGUGGUCAUUUGCUGCUGGGACAAACUUGUUAAAGAAUAUGAGUCAAAAGAUUGAGAGAGAUUCAAAGUUGAGGCUCAAUGACUUUGCCAAAGAACUUAGGACUUUCAGAGAAGUUGACAUGACAGGUCGUAACUUUGGUGACGAAGGUCUAUUUUUUCUUGCUGAGAGCUUGGCAUACAAUCAGGUUGCAGAAGAAGUAAAUUUUUCUACUACUGGAAUCACAGCUGCUGGAAUGAAGGCUUUUGAUGGCAUUCUUCAGUCAAAUGUCUACUUGAAAACAUUAAAUCUUUCAGGAAAUUCAAUUGGAGAUGAAGGAGUAAAGUGCUUAUGUGAGAUAUUGGUGAAUAAUAAUGGUCUUGAGAAGCUGCAACUAAACAGUAUUGACUUAGGAGAUGAGGGUGCCAAAGCAAUCGCAGAAAUGUUGAAGAAAAAUACACAUUUGCGUACUAUUGAGCUUAAUAACAAUAUGAUCGACUACUCUGGUUUUGCAAGCAUUGCUGGUGCGCUAUUUGAGAACAACACCAUACAAAGUUUACAUCUCAAUGGCAACUACGGUGGUGCGUUGGGAGUUGCUGCUCUAGCUAAAGGUAUAGAGGGGAACAAGUCCGUGCGGGACCUUCACUUGCAUGGGAAUUCUAUGGGCAAUGAAGGAGUCCGGGCUUUAAUGAAAGGCUUGUUAGCACGUAAAGGAAAAUUGGUACAGCUGGAUAUAAGCAACAAUGAAAUUGGCUCUAAAGGUGCCUUUCACAUAGCAGAAUAUAUAAAGAGCACCAAGAGCUUGCUAUGGUUGAAUAUAUACAUGAACGACAUUGGGGAUGAGGGGGCUGAAAAAAUUGCGGAUGCCCUUAAGCAAAACCGAUCAAUUACUUCCAUAGACUUGGGUGGAAAUAACAUUCAUGCUAAAGGGAUCACUUGUAUUGCUGAGGUUUUGAAAGAUAAUGAUGUCAUUACUACAUUGGAACUUGGCUAUAAUCCAAUUGGACCUGAUGGGGCAAAAGCUUUAGCUGAAGUUCUCAAAUUUCACGGGAAUGUUAAAACUCUUAAACUCGGCUGGUGUCAGAUCGGACGAAAAGGUGCAGAAUACAUGGGUGAUAUGAUAAAGUACAAUACCACCAUUUCAACUCUUGACUUGCGAGCAAACGGAUUAAUGGAUGAAGGUGCAACUUGUCUGGCAAAGAGCUUGAAAGUGGUGAACGAGGCCUUGACUUCCCUGGAUCUCGGAUUUAAUGAAAUAAGAGAUCCUGGAGCAUAUGCAAUAGCGCAAGCACUGAAGUCCAACGAAGAUGUUGCCUUGACAUCUAUAAAUCUGGCCAGCAAUUUUAUUACGAAACUUGGACAGAGUGCUCUUACUGAUGCAAGUGAUCACGUAUUAGAAAUGAACGGAAAAGAAGUCGGGGUGUUCUUCUAGAAGAUUUGCUGUAUAAGGAUAAAUUUUUUGCUUCUUGACCAGGUUUUACUCGUCAGUACAUACCUCUAUUUAGUGAUUUUACUCUUGCUCAUAUUUUUAGAUUCUUUUGCAUUUGGAUUUAUCCCUGUUUAUCGAGUGGGGAUGUAAAUUUUGAUUUUGAGGAAUUGUAAACUUUGAUAGAUAUUGUAGUUAACAUAAUUCAUCAAUGGCAGUCAGUUAGAGUUUUCCGAAUCA